CGGAGGAGAGAGUCCCGGCGAUGGCGGAAGAUUUCUCGGUGGUAGUCUUAGCUUCCGAUCUAGGCGUUGACGCUAGACCGUUCUUAACGAGAAGCGAUGAGAUCGAUGAGCAAGAGAACUGGCACGAUUGUCCUCAAUACCUAGGUGACGAAGACUUCUCCGAUCUCGACCUCCUCCACUUCUUCACCCUCCAGGGCUCCGAUAAGUCCGGUAACCGGAUCUUCCGCGUCGUCGGAAAGUAUUUGCCUGCUCGUGUGGUGAGUGCAGAGAGGCUGAAGAAGUAUAUAUUCCAGAAGAUUACCAACGAGUGUCCAGAGGGACCUUUCUGCUUGGUUUACAUGCAUAGCACGGUCCAAAAAGACGAAAACUCACCGGGGAUUACAAUCUUAAGAUGGAUCUACGAGGAUCUUCCUUCAGAUAUCAAAGAUAGACUCCAAGUUGUUUACUUUGUACACCCUGGUCUUCGUUCAAGACUCGUCAUUGCCACUCUUGGUCGCCUUCUCUUAACUGGAGGGCUGUAUUGGAAGAUUAAGUAUGUGAGUAGGUUGCAGUAUCUUUGGGAGGAGAUAAAGAAAGGGGAAGUGGAAGUUCCUGACUUUGUGAAGAACCAUGAUAAUGUGCUUGAGCAUAGACCGUUGACGGAUUAUGGAAUCGAACCGGAUCCCUUUCACUUAACCGAGGUUCAGUCUUCUUCCUUCUCGCUUAACCAUUACGAGAACAGAUGGGUCUCAUAGUAUGUUUUCUCUAUUUGUGAAGCCAGAACCUCUAUGUUUUAUGUUUCUUGUACAGAGUAUAAUUCAGUGUCUUAUAAGACUCUUCAGUGUCGAUCUUGUUUUGAUUGAGUUUGGACAGAACCAGUUAAGUUCAGAGACAGACUAUUGUAUGAAUUAUGAAGAUAGAAAGUACAUGUACACAGAAACAUUCUAGAAUCAAUAUACAAACAAAAGCUGUU